UAUUUUCUCUCCUCAUCCCUCCACAGUCCUCCUCAGUCCUCCUCUUACCCUCCAUACCGCGGUGAAACCCCAACCCGACUCCUCCCGGCGAUGCUUCACUGAUUAUUAACUCCGAACCUGAGAGAAAGUCCGUGUUUUAUUCGGGAUUUGGGGUGUUUUUCUGAGGGAGAACCGCAGCAGCUGCUCGCCGUCGGUUCCGCUGGAAAGUGACCGUUGGAAAGUUAGCGCGAGCGCGCCGCCGUUGUUCUGGUAUAAAUAGUGUGAGGAGGAAAGUUCGGGAAUGUCUCUGUCUGUACCUCAGAACGGACAGGCCGAUAACCAACCCACCAUCGAGCUGUUCGUCAAGGCGGGCAGCGAUGGCGAGAGCAUCGGGAACUGCCCCUUCUCCCAGCGUCUCUUCAUGAUCCUCUGGCUCAAGGGCGUGGUCUUUAACGUCACCACCGUCGACCUGAAGAGGAAACCUGCGGAUCUUCAGAACCUGGCACCCGGAACACACCCUCCCUUCGUCACGUUUAACGGAGAGGUCAAGACCGACGUCAACAAGAUCGAGGAGUUCCUGGAGGAUGUGCUCAGCCCUCCCAAGUUUGUGAAACUGGCCGCCCGGCACCCCGAGUCCAACACGGCAGGGAUGGACAUCUUUGCCAAAUUCUCCGCCUAUAUCAAGAACUCCAAACCAGACGCCAAUGAGGCUCUGGAGAGAGGUCUGCUGAAGACCCUGCAGAAGCUGGACGAGUACCUGCGCACGCCGCUGCCCGACGAGAUCGACCACAACAGCAUGGACGACAUCCAGGUGUCCAGCCGCAAGUUCCUGGACGGAGACGAGAUGACUCUGGCCGACUGCAACCUGCUGCCCAAACUGCACAUCGUCAAGGUGGUGGCUAAUAAGUACAGAGGCUUCGAGAUCCCCAAAGACUUGAUGGGCCUCUGGACCUACCUGAACAACGCCUACUCACGCGACGAAUUCGCCAACACCUGCCCCAGCGACAAGGAGAUCGAGAUCGCCUACGCCGACGUGGCCAAGAGGCUCGUCAAAUAAUGCCUCGCCGAAUAACCUCGCAUCCCUCCGGACACACACACACACACACACACACACACAGGGACCGUUUCCUUUAUCUUCAUACGAGAGGAGAAGCUCUGAACUCUUUUUACAUAUACCAUAUGUGCUUUAUAUUAAACACACACACACACUAA